AUGAAUCUCAGAACCUCUCAAGUGGCUGCGCUGCUGCUGCUGUCUGCGCAUCUCCUGCAUGCGUCUGCACUGACUGCAGCCUCAUCCUAUGAGUUCAAUGUCUACAGGAUGCAGCAAUACAACUUGCAUCAGGAAAAUUAUGGGUGUCGUGGAGCUAUAGUGGUGGCUGAAGCACGCUCGGCUGCAGACACGAGUCUGACUCGACGCUGUGUGAUCAUGAAACUGCCUGAUUUAACGGAAGAACGCUACCUAGAAGCCACAAGACAGAAGGCAGCGGCAAUAUUAAUAAUACUUCCCAAAAACAUCUCUGCCGUACCACAGGACAUAGUACAGGGCUUCAUGGUGGCUGAGUCUCAGGUCUUACAGAAGGAAACUCUGAUGCCUGUGUAUGUGGUCCCAGAGGAUGAACAACUACUCUUCAUGUAUGAGGAGGUCAAUCAGGCCGCAGCCACAAAAUCUGCUUCUGUCUUAGUGAGAGUUCUCCGUAGUAUAAUCACUACCACGUCCUUCCAAAUAUUAGUGAGUAACUCCCCCAUCAAACCUAUUACUGAUACCACCAUCAUUGGUUUAGAGGGAGUUCUUCCUGGAUCUGGAGAAGAUCUGCCCACUAUUGUAAUUACAGCCCAUUAUGAUUCGUUUGGCCUUGCUCCUUGGCUGGCCUAUGGUGCGGAUUCUAAUGCUAGUGGCGUCACUAUUCUCCUUGAGCUAGUUCGACUUUUUCAGCGUCUCUACAGUGAUCCGCGAAGUCAGCCUUCAUAUCACCUUCUGUUCUCCCUUACUGGUGCUGGUAAAUAUAAUUUCCUGGGCACUAAACGUUGGCUGGAGGAAAACAUGGACAAUGCAGAAUCCAGUCUUUUGCAUGACAAUGUGGCCUUUGUUCUUUGUCUGGACUCUCUUGGUACCGGAGAUGAGCUUUUCCUGCAUGUUUCCCGACCUCCUAAACCUGGAACCUUUCAGUUUGCCUUCGUUCAGCAGUUGGAGCAGGUGAUCUCCGGCAGGUUCCCUUCGGUGAAAUUUGGUACUGUUCAUAAGAAGAUCAACCUGCAGGAGACCACCGUGGCCUGGGAGCAUGAACGCUUCGGGAUGAGACGUAUCCCAGGAUUCACUCUGUCGCACAUUGAGAACGCCAAAUCGGAGCUGAGAGGGUCUAUCCUAGACACUGUGGCACAGGUGGACAUCAGGAAGCUCAAGCGGAACGUCAUUAUUGUUGCAGAGUCCUUGGCAAGAUUCAUGUACAACCUUUCAGACAAGGGCUCUUCUAAAGACAUGCAGGUGUUCAAGAACAGUUUGGAUAUUCAGGACAGCCGUAUAUCUGCACUGAUGACCAUGUUGACGUCUGUUCCCAGAGCAGUUCAGCUGCUCGACAGAGAGCCAAAACAUGUACUCUUGAUGAACAGCCUGGAGCAAGAAUUCAAACAUUAUCUAAAACAGGUCCAUAGACACACGUUUCACCUCGACAGAAGGGAUCCUGAAAUCACCUUCUUUGAUCAAAUGAACCAACCAAUGAUGAUGUACAGGGUGAAGCCUGCUGCCUUUGACCUGUUUUUGGGAGGCUGUAUAGCUGGGUACCUUGGAAUAGUUUAUUACGCAAUUCAGAACUUUGGGAACGUCUACACGAAAUUAAAAGCAACAGUUAAAGCCAAGCACCAAUGAACUGUGGAAGACCAAGCAUCACGCAUCAGAGGAUCAAUGUAAUACGCAAUCUACACAAAAAAGAAAGGGAAGU